UUUCCGCCUCUGCUCUGCUGCUCCUUCGACCUCUCAAAUCUCUUGUUCUCUCUCUGCAGCUUCCAUUCGCCUCAUUGACAAAACAAAGGCCUUUCUUCUUUGUUUCAGGCGUAGGUGAAGUUGGUGGAGUGUGGUGGGAGUUGUGGAGUCUACAAUGGCUGGGAUUGCGGUUGACGAUUCUGGGGUGGGAAGAUCUUUGGAGGGGGUUUCAGGUGGGCAGCAGAGGUGCCAUUCAGGUGAAGCAUUGGCAGAAUGGAGGUCUUGUGAGCAGGUGGAAAAUGGAAUGCCAUCGACAUCGCCUCCUUACUGGGACACCGACGAUGAUGAGGAUGGUGGACCGAAACCUUCUGAGUUAUAUGGAAAGUAUACAUGGAAGAUUGAUAAGUUUUCACAAAUAAACAAGAGAGAGCUUCGGAGUAAUGCUUUUGAGGUUGGAGGCUAUAAAUGGUAUAUUUUGAUCUACCCACAAGGUUGUGAUGUCUGCAAUCAUUUGUCUUUGUUUCUUUGUGUUGCUAAUCAUGACAAGCUUCUUCCAGGAUGGAGUCAUUUUGCUCAGUUCACUAUAGCUGUUGUGAAUAAAGAUCCCAAAAAGUCCAAGUAUUCGGAUACAUUGCACCGAUUCUGGAAGAAAGAACAUGAUUGGGGAUGGAAAAAAUUUAUGGAGCUAUCUAAAGUGUUAGACGGUUUUAUUGACGCUGACACCCUAAUAAUAAAAGCUCAAGUUCAAGUUAUCAGGGAAAGAGCAAAUCGCCCAUUCCGCUGUCUAGACUGUCAAUACCGUAGAGAACUUGUCAGGGUUUAUUUAACAAAUGUUGAACAGAUAUGCCGACGCUUUGUGGAAGAACGACGAGGCAAGCUUGGGAAGUUGAUAGAGGAUAAAGCUCGUUGGUCAAGCUUUCGCUCUUUCUGGAAUGGAAUGGAGCAAAGCUCCAGGCGCCGCAUGACCCGUGAAAGGACAGAUUCAAUACUAAAAGUUGUUGUGAAACACUUCUUCAUUGAAAAAGAAGUUACAUCUACUCUGGUGAUGGAUUCAUUGUACAGUGGGUUGAAGGCUUUAGAAGGCCAAACAAAGGGAAAGAAAACUAAGGGAAAAUACAUGGAUUCAGAAGAGUUGCCGGUUCCAAUUGUUCGCAUGGAGAAAGACAUGUUUGUUUUGGUGGAUGAUGUAUUGUCACUACUUGAGAGAGCUGCUUUGGAACCUUUGCCUCCAAAGGAUGAGAAAGGUCCUCAAAAUCGAACGAAGGAUGGAUGUUCUGGAGAGGACUUCAACAAAGAUUCAAUUGAACGUGAUGAAAGGCGUCUUACUGAACUUGGUCGUCGAACAAUUGAAAUAUUUGUCCUGGCCCAUAUCUUCAGUAAGAUUGAAGUUGCAUAUCAGGAAACUGUUGCCUUGAAGAGGCAAGAGGAACUCAUUCGUGAAGAGGAGGCAGCCUGGCUGGCUGAAAGCGAGCACAAAUCUAAACGUGGAGGUGAUAAAGAAAAGAAGUCGAAGAAAAAGCAGGGCAAGCAAAAACGAAAUAACCGCAAAGUAAAGGAUAAAAUGAGGGAUGAGAAAUCAAGUAUGUUGGUGCAGGACAAAGCUGAAGAAGAUAUCCUUACUGAUGAGAGGAAAGGUUACACGACUGAGGAGCCUGAAAUGGUGCUUGAAAAGCCUGAUGGAAUUGAGGAUGUUUCGGAUGUGUCUGAUUCUGCAGAUUGUGCCCCGGAAGCACUGCAGCCUGAUUCAGAAGACAGAGACACUAGUCCUGUCAAUUGGGAUACUGACACAUCAGAAGUACAUCCUCCCACUGAAGCCCCUUGUCUUUUGGCUGUCCAGAAUGGAAUGGGAGAAAGGAGAGGUACAUCUGUAAUGGACGAUAGCUCUUCAACGUGCUCUACAGACUCCGCACCUUCAGUUAUCGCGAAUGGGUCAUAUAAAGUGAAUCCUUCUUCCAGUAAUUAUCAGAAAUCGCCUAGCAGGCGGAAUGAGCGAAACAAGGCAACCCUUGAAGCAGCUGAUCGGUCUCAAGAGACUUCUAGUCAUCGUUCUGAUGGUGUGUCAGAUGUGGCGCUGCUGAAUGAUGCAUCUAGAAGUUGCAAAGCUGUUGAAUCUGGGUCUCAAGCUGCAGUUUACUCACAGGAUCAGAUGAAAUGGUCUAAGCAGCACGAGUUAAAAAAGGAUGAAGAAGUAUCUUCACAUAGAAAACCUGGGGCAAAAGAUGAGACCGAUGCACAAGGAUCCUCCCCAGAGAAGAAAACAAGUGUGCGGUCCCCUCCCAGGAGCCCUCCCAAGCAUAUGUCAUCUGUGGUUGAUCUAAGGUCAGAGUCAAAGAUCAACACAUCUGUUGAGCUUACGGUUCAAAAGAAGCCUUCAGACAGCCUGAAACUCACUGAUGAAUCAGUCAGGGUAAUGCAUCCAGCUGAAGUUGCUGUCACUUCGCAACCCGGUGUCCAUAAGACUGUACCUCCAAAUCCCUCUGAAAAGAAGCUCUCUUCUCAACAUGUGCCUGUGGGAAGUGAGAAGCCGUUGACACCACAAAUGCCUGUGAUGUCCAGACCAUUGAGUGCUCCUCUCAUUCCUGGUCCUAGGCCUGCUUCCCCAGUUGUUUCCAUGGUUCAAACCCCACCUUCGUUGUCACGUUCAGUGAGUGCUGUAGGUCGAUUAGGUCCUGAGUCGUCGACAACAUCCCAUAACUAUGUGCCCCAGUCUUAUCGAAAUGUGAUGAUGGGUGGCCAGGUUCCUGGUAGUGCCGUUGGCUUUACACAACCUCAUUCUCCCACUUCAGGGAUCAACCAUUCACAUUCAUACUCCCAGUCUGCGACCCUCUUAUCAAAGCCUUUGUUUUUACCGCAUAGCUCCGAAAGGAUGGAACCAAAUAUUAACAAAUCGAGCUUCUCCUUCGGAAUGGUAAAUCAUGACAUAAUGCAGAAUGGACAGCAGUGGAUGGAAGGCCCUCCGAGGGACGUAAAUGCUGGCGUAUCUUCUGAUCAUUUGAUGUUAAAUGACAUCCGGAACUUUGAGUUGUACAAGCCUCUUCACAGCCGGUCUCAGGAUCACCUUCCAUCUGAAGUUCCACCCUGCACAUCAGGGCGGCAGACCCAUGGGGUGUUGGCAGACGAAUUCCCGCACCUUGAUAUCAUCAAUGAUUUGCUUGACGAUGAGCAAGCUAUUGGGAAGACGGCCGCAGCAAGUUCUAGUUUUCAUACUUUCAGCAAUGGGCCUCACCAUCUGAAUCGCCAGUUCUCGUUCCCUGGUGAUAUUGGCAUGUCCAAUGAUAUGGGCCCAUCGACGAGCUCUUGUAGAUUUGAGAGGACGCGAAGUUAUCAUGAUGAUACCUUCCAUCGCGGUUAUGGCUCUUCUGGGGGACCUUAUGAUACACUCAGGGAUAUGGUUCCUACGUCUAACUUACGACCUUAUGUUAAUGGGCACAUUGAUGGUCUAAUUCCUAACCAGUGGCAGAUGGCUGGUUCUGAUAGAUGCUAUAUGAAUAUGGGGAAUAUGGAGGGUGAUGGUUAUCCAUAUCACAUGCCGGAUUACUCAAAUCUCGCAUCCGGUGUCAAUAAUUAUACUGUUUUCCGUCCCUCAAAUGGACUUUGAAAUGGCAACUGCAACAGAGGUGGCCGGAGAAUUUCAGGGCUAUUUCUGUUGUAAUAAUGUAUCUGAGGAAAGUGUUGGAUUAGAUUUGGAGUGAGUUGUAACUCUUUGCUAAGAAACAUUUUGUAAAGAGUGAUUUUCCUUUCAUUUGUUUCAAAUCCUUAUGCAAAUUUGCUUUUUCUCUU